GGUUCGAUACCCACUGCUAUCUUCAACUUAUCUGCACUUUAAGGAAUUGAUCUUAGCAAUAACCGACUAUCAGGUAGCAUUCCGAGAGAAAUUGGAAACUUAAACAAUGCUCAAGGCGAUAUACCUUGACAACAACAAAUUCACAGAAAUUCCAAAGGAGAUGGGAUUUUUAGAUCAGUUGGAGGACUUGUAUAUGCAGUUCAAUGCCCUGAAGGGACCUCUUCCUAUGGCUGUCUUCAACAUAUCUACUUUGACUACUCUAACUGUAUACAAAAACAGCUUGAUUGGAAGUAUUCCAGACAACAUAUGUCAGCACCUUCCAAAUAUUCAGGUGUUGCAUUUGGGUAGCAACCAGUUUUCUGGGCCACUUCCUUCCAAAUUAGGGCAAUGCAAAGGGCUUGGUAUAUUGUUAAUGGGGGAGAACAAUUUCACUGGAACCAUACCCAAAAAUAUUGGCAAUUUGACCCAGCUGACAGCGUUAUAUCUUGGCUUCAACAAUUUGACAGGUAGCCUCCCAGCAAACAUAGGCCUUGGGGUUCCAAACCUAAAAUUCCUUUAUGCAGCAUCAAACAACUUCAGCGGAGGUAUCCCCAAUUUCUCCAAUGCUUCUAAGCUCAUCAAGUUAGACAUGAAGAGAAACUCACUUACGGGGUUUAUUCCGAGCACACUUUGUCCCUUAAGAAACCUUCAGUGGCUUAGCUUAAACCAUAAUAAUUUGACGAUUGAUACUUCUACUCCAGAAGCAAGCAUUCUCUCUUGUUUGGCUAGCCUAAGAAAUUUGACAACAUUAUACUUGGGUAAUAAUCCAUUCAAUGGCACGCUUCCGGUGUCUCUUGGGAAAUAUUUCUCUCCAUCCCUUCAGUACCUUGAUUUAAGCAGUUGCAACUUAAGGGGAAGCAUUCACAUGGAUAUUGGAAACUUGAGCAGCUUGAUAGCAUUAGCCUUGGAUAAGAAUCAAUUGAGUGGAACAAUUCCAACUUCAUUAGAAAGGCUACGGAAUCUCCAAGUUUUAUAUUUGAACAAUAACAGAUUGCAAGGAUUCAUCCCAUCUGAACUUUGUCAACUAGAGAACCUAGCUUAUGCAGUAUUGGACGGUAAUCAACUCUCUGGUCCUAUACCUUCCUGCUUGGGCACUCUGGCAGUCGCUCUAAGAAGUCUAUCGUUGGGGUCGAAUUUGUUAACUUCUACAAUACCAUCUACCUUGUGGGGACUUGCUGAUAUAUUGUACCUGAACUUGUCAUUCAACUCUCUAAUUGGAUCACUCUCAGAGGACGUUGGAAAACUGUGAGUUGUCGUUGACAUGGAUUUAUCAAACAACCAU